AAUUUGCAGAAAGCACUUAUGAAACAAUUUUGGAAACAGUUUUCACCAAUUCAUCUGAUCUGUUCUCGAAUGAAUCGUUUCCAAAAUUCUCAAUUGACAAGGAUAUGCGAAAAAGCAUCUCAGAACAGUGUGCCAGAGAGGAGAAAAUCCAUAGUCUUUAUAAAUUUGUACAGAGUCGAGUCGGUGAUAUAUUACCAAAACCAUGGUUGCUAAAGCAUUUGAAAUCCUGUCAUCCUCCGAAUCAGAAUACCGAGAAAAUAAAUCAGCCAUUAUGUCGUAGAGAGAAAACUAUUGUAUAUUUGAAUUCUGAAUAUGAGGAAUAUGUUCCGUCAUCUUAUGUUGAAAUACGUUGCAAAAAUCUCGCUGAUUAUGAGCGAAACGAAGGACGUACAAAUAUGACGGAACAAACAUGUUUGAAAGUAUUUCGAUGCGUGCAGCAAUACGAAGAUUUGCAUUUUGCGCGUCGAACAACUCGUGAUCGUUACUGGAGCUCUUUUACGAUUCCUGAGGUACCGCGGUCAUGUGAAUGUAUGCGACCGGUAAUAUAA